CCUCCAGUUUCCAAUACAGCACCUUCUUUCUUUCCAGAUUCAAUGUAUCCUUGAAUCUUAUUGAACUGCAGUUCAUCAAUCUGCGGCCCCUGUUGCAUUUCUGAGUCGAAAGGAUCGCCGACUUUUCUUUGAAGUGCUAACUGUUUAGCGUGCUUGACGAAUUCAUCAUAGAUCUUGGCUUGUACAAAAGUACGCGAACCAGCGCAACAAUUUUGGCCAUGGUUAGCAAACACUGCCUCAUGAGCUAUUCGCGCGGCUUCCUUAACUGUAAAAUAUUAUCAAUUAUUAACUGUUCCCGAAUUCAAAAUAUUUAGUAUAUAAUUUGCUUAAAAGAAACGUUACCAACAUACCAUCAAAAUCAUCGAAAACGACUAAAGGACUCUUGCCACCCAAUUCGAGACUAACGCGCUUAAGGUUCGUCCUACCAGCGGUUUGCAUUAUGAGAUGUCCAAUCUUAAAGACAAAUUUCUUAAUAAUUUCGAUUUAAUAGAAAAGGAAUUUAAAAAAUCAGUAAUUAACUACCUCAGUAGAACCAGUGAAUGCAAUUUUACGAACAUCUGGAUGUUCAACAAUCGCUGCACCAGCAGUUGGUCCAUAUCCUGUAAUGACAUUUAUAACACCUGGAGGAAAUCCAGCUUCCUUGGCAAGUGCUGCAGCGUAUAAUGCAGAAAGUGGAGUUUGUUCAGCUGGCUUUAAUAUAAGAGUACAUCCAGUUGCCAAUGCCGGAGCCCACUUCCAUACUAGCAUAGCAAAAGGAUAAUUCCAAGGAAUAAUUUGACCUACUACACCAACUGGUUCCUUUCGUGUGAGUGUGACAAAGUUUCCAUCUAGAAAAAGACAAUAAUGCAAACGAUACUUUUGCAACAUAUCAUGAAACACAGUUUAAUGUGAAUAAAUAUACCUGUUGGAAUAGUAUCACCAGUAAUUUUGUCACACCACCCAGCAUGAUAGCGUAGUGUGCCUGCACAGAAGUACAUUUCUCCUAGAGCAUUCGAAUAUGUUUUUCCACAGUCCACAGUUUCAAGAGUUGCUAUAUAUUCUGCAUCACGUUCAAUAAGAUCUGCAAGCUGUUACACAAUAUUAGCAACUCAAAGUACCAAAAUGGUUUUGUAUCACAACCGUUUUAACCACGUUUUAAAAUUAUAUAUUUAAAAGCACACCUUGUUUAUCAGCUGCGCACGGUCAGAUGCAUUCAUGCUUCUCCAUUUUGAUCCCCUUUUGAAUGCCUGUUUUGCAGCAGCGACUGCUUUAUCCACAUCAGCCUGCAUAAAAUAAAUACAUGAAAGAAAUGUGUUCAAAGCAACGAAAACUACAAUGCCGAGACAAAUGCAAAAAUAUGAUAUAAACCUUGUCACCCUCAGAGACUUCAGCAAUAACACUACCAGUAGCUGGGUUUACAGUAGCAAACUUUUUACCACUAACUGCAUCCACGAACUCAUUGUUGAUGAACAACUGUGAACAAAUUUGGCAUCAGAAAAAAAUUAUUAAACCUAAUUUAAUUUUAAGCUAUUCUAGUAUUUCACGCCUUGCUACAUGUGGAACAAGCACUUGAAAAAAAUUGAAAUCUAAUCUUAGAACAUAGUUAUUUACCUGAGUAUAUUUCACAUCAACCGUCUUACGAGCCAUCUUUGCGUGCACUCUCUUUGCAGGCCGGUUCACGAAUGAUUCAGAAUUCGCCUGUGGACACAAAGCGUUAGUCUUAAAUUGCAGAAUGUGUAUCAUCUAAUCUGUUUCGAAAGCAAUUAAUUGUGCGUUCUGGAGGGGAGACGCGGUGCGAUAGGACCCUAACAACAUCUUAUCUCGCGAAGCAAAAGCGCAAUUCAUUUUACGUUAAUUUAGUUUUAUAAAAUAAAAUCAAAGGAAUUUAACAGGGCCUUUCUCUCUUUCAUCUCGUUUCUAUAAAUAUUCAUAUCUCGACGAAACUGAUUACGUCGCAUUUCUAUCUGGAAUUGGGUUACAAUCAAUUUAGAAACGUAGCAAAUCAAUAAUUGAUUGAUGUUAUCGAUAGCGUUACCACUAAAUUGCGGAUUAUAAUGAGAAUUCAAUGAUUUACAAGCGCAAUAGGAAAAACAAGAUCAUUGUAACGAGCGGUUUCCACUUUAUAUUUAAAAUACAGGCAUAACAACUUCGGUAUACGAUUAAUUCUGCAUUUCUAAUUCGAAAUGUAUGUAAAUAAAUUCUCAUGGCGUCGACAAAUGACAAUCUAAAGGUUUUAAGUUAUUAUAAUGUAAUCAUUAUAAGUAUCAUAAGUUGCAUGAAUAUUCAUUCGCGUCGUCUACUUAUAAUUUGCAUAAGCAUAUUUCAUGAAUUAAGCGUACAAUCAAUUAAGAUUAUUCACAUCGAGAUGAUUCACAAGUUUACACAUUCUUCGUUUAUUUUCAAUGAAACUCACGAAGCAACCUACUGAAAGAGAAAAGAAACGCUUAGUAAUUUCUUCCCUGGUCUCAUUUCAAUGGAACAUCUCAACGAUCCGAUUCGUUGGCCGAGAAAGCAACCGUUUCUUAUUUGAAAAAAUGAAGUAUUCAGUUGCUGGGUUUUGUUUAAUCGAUAAACCGCGUAUCGGUGUCCAACGGACGCUCUAUAGGAAUCGUUCGCCGUCACGAUGGAAAAAUUCAGUGUUGUUUAAUUAAGGACGAAUUCGUAUCGAGAGAUUAAGAGGGGAAAAAAAAAGACGAAGUUGCAUCGAUAAUUGCCCGAGGAAGAUUACGUGUUCGCAUGAACGCAAAACUUGUUGAUGUCUUGUCGAACUUAAUCUCCGUCGAUCCGAUGAAACAUUCGAUAUGGAUGUUAAUCAAGAUUCGACCGAGGACACGUUGCAACUCCCGCACAACGGGACCGGAGAUGCGCCCUCUUGUCCCGUGACGGACAAGGAACUUUCCAAUGGCGGAGCGCAAGACAAACCGCCGCCCUAUCUUCCCCAGCCAGAAGACGCGUUUCCGGUCGCGCCGGAAGAAACAAUGGGCGCUCUUGGUCCGUGGGCCACCGGUCGGGUAACUUUCACGCCUAAAGACGGUUUAACAGGCGUGAGACCCGUCGUCGACCGGUAUUCUGUGACGAAAUUCGGCGCGCCGCAAUGGAGGGCCCACAAUCUCAAAUUCUUCCAACAGUCGGACGAAAAAAUUCGGGACGCCCAGCUUGCCAUAAGCAACGCGAGACGAUGCGUCGAUCAGUCGUACAGACAGGCGGACAAAACGCAAUUGGAGACGACGGAUUACCUGAAGAAACGGUCGGCCGAGGUGCACCGUUGGAAAGUGGAGCUGGAGCACGUGAUACGCGAGAUCACCGAGGAAAUCGAAUUAUUGGAGGCGGAACGUAGACGAGUGAAACAAUCGUUAUCGGUCCUCACGAUACCGGAAUCGAUCGCCGGUGAAUUCUUGCAACUACGAUCGCGCCGGUUAGAAUCCGAUCUGAUUCGCGACGAAGUCGAAGAGGAAUUGACAAAGGAAGUUGCAUUGUGCUCGGAGAUACGAGAGCUGCUUGGCAGAACGCGGGAGCAAAUAGAAAUGCAAUUGAUAGAAUUGAAGGCAGCCAAAGCUAGAAUGGAAGUGGACUGGACUGACAAGGCGGACGCCUAUCGAACGGAUUCUCAUUGCACGCAGCUGAAAAAUGACUCUUCUCUUAUUAUGUGGAAACCUGGAGCCACGAGAUUCCCGGCAGAACAAUCGACGCCAGCCAGCUGCGAACAUUACACGCGCGAGAGCUUGACCGACGCGGAGGCAGCCAGGCAGAAAUCGGUGAACCUGCGGUCCACCCUGGACGCCAUUUUCGCGAACUCCGUGAGGGAUCUACGCGAUCAGGCGACGCGCGUUGAUCUAGCCCUCGGCGGGAAGAUCAAGCUCACGGAAGAGAUGUGUCAACAGUUGGAGAAAGAACUGCUCCGCUGUCUGCACGAGCUGGCGAACACCGAAAAAGCGAUCGAAGAUCUUCGUCAGUCCGCGAGGGGCCUAGAUUACGCGAUGAAGGUUGCACAAACACGAUUAGCGGAGAGAUUACGGCGGCGUAAUAUUGAAAACUGUCGCGACACGUCUCAAUUCGCACUCGUGGAAGAAGUGAAGAUGCUAAACGAACGCACGUCGGCCAUGUUGGCCGAGCUGAGGCGGGCUGAGCAGACUCAGGCGGGCCUGGUGAAGGCUAGGAGCGACCUUGAACGAGAAAUCAUCGUAAAACGGAAAACAUUGUACUUGGACAAGCAGCGUGGCCAAUUGUUGCGCUCGUUUUAUCCGUCGGCCACGACACUGUCCGGCUUUUAAUGGAAUAUUAUUAUCUCGGUAUGAUGAUUAACACGUCUCUGAGAUCCUCCUUUGGUCCACGGUGCAUAGGGUCUUGCUAAAUUGCCCGGCCGCGGUGCUCGCUGGAAUGUACCGGUUUUUUAACCCCUUGCCUUACAAUACAUGAAUUUAACAAA